AUGUUCCCUGCUACUUCCCUUAGGUUCAGCUUCCCUCGGAUCAAUGUCAAAGACCCUUACAAACGCCUUGGGAUUAGCAAGAUGGCAUCAGAGGAUGAGAUUCAAGGCGCCAGCAACUUUCUCAUUCACCAGUACGCUGGUCAUAAGCCCAGUGUUGACGCUAUCGAAUCAGCUCAUGACAAGAUCAUCAUGCAAAAGUUCCACGAGAGGAAGAACCCCAAGGUCGACAUAACGAAAAAGGUCCGCGAAGUGAGGCAGUCCAAAGCUGUGAGCUUUGUUUUCGAGAGAUUCCAAACUCCUCCCACUGCUUUCCUUGUCAGGUCAGCAGUCACGUUCCCGACAGAAGAAGGACCCACUCUGCAGGUUCUGUUAUCGGUAGUAGCUACGUUUUACUUCAUCCACCAAAUGCUGAAGGAGAAGCUCUGGUCUUUCCUUUACGGGAGUGGAUCUUUUAUCUUCUCGUGGCUGAUUGGGACCUUCUUGAUGGUAUCUGUGAUCCCGCCCUUCAUCAUAGGACCAAGAGGUUUCGAAGUCAUGUCUUCCCUCUUAAGCUUCGUUUUGCUUUGUGUGGAUUCGAGCUACCUUAGGUAG